AUGGCUGCGAGUUCUGCGGAGGUACAGCCCCGGGCAAGUACUGAUUUUGUGGAGAACUCAAUACUCGAAACUGUCGUGCCCAUCAACCCCAAUAUCGACAUUGCAAACGAGCUGCGCUCUUGGGAUGGAGCAGUGCAAGACGAGAAUGGCUACAUCUUACCCUUCAUAAAACAGAGAGAUGUUAUUCUUUUUGAUGAAUUACUUCCAGUCUACAUUGUGUUCAGGACACCUUUGCUCGACGAUGUCACCUUCAAGUCGUAUCUUGCGAGAUUGGCCAUCAGUGUGGAUGCUUUUGUUUUCAGUACAGUACCUCCACCAGCGCAUGAGCCAAAAGCGCCUUCGAAAGAACUCAUCUAUUCGGACACCAUCAAAGACGUGACCGAGCCUUUGAUUGUCCGCCAAGAAGAAGGAGAUGUUUUGCAUGCUUACGCGAUCUGGAAAGUUGAGGUCUUCAUAUCUCGUCCUCAGGGAAGGUUUCACACGCCUUCUGUCUAUUUUCGACCCGCAGCGUCUUUGAAGCCCACCGAGGGUACGAAAAAGGAUAUCCAAGAUGAUGAAUACCUUCCAAGUCGUGCACCUACUGCUUUGAAUCUCCUUCAGGCAUUCGAUAACGAUCCCGCUCUCACUGGGAUUCAUCCACGACUUUCAGCAAUGCGUAUCAGCAAAAUCGCACCGACCACGCCUGUUACAAGAGAACUGACGCGUCCAAUCAGAAACGGUCAGCGACCGGUGUACCGAGUAGUACCAGCUUUGAUCUGGAGAGUGAGGUACUCGAAAAUACACACGUCUCUGGACGACUUAUCUCUUAUGGCCGCACUGGAUCUUGAAAUCCCUCAAUUCUCAACAUACAAUGCCAAAGUGAAAAAGAUCGACCUGACUUUGCGCGGCGGAGACGCAGAAAGUUUGGCCGACCAUGGAAGUGCAACUACCGCACACAAACCAGGCGACCAACUCACUUAUCUGUACAAGAUACAGCCUGACCGGGCAUCUGACGGCACACCGUCACUUGGGAGCAAGGGACACUACUUGACUAUGGUUGUCGAAGCAGAUGUAUUCAUCUCCGAAGACUGUCGACCAAGCAUCGCGAUCGAAUGGAAGGCGAUGGUAGAGUUUGCGACUGAACAGGACCCCAACAUGCUCAAGGCCGCUCACAGGCUCAGUAAUCCUACAAUGCAGGCUCCGAAAAUUUUGGGUCCUGAUUCUCUGCCAACGCCUGAUACGCAAAACCAAGCUGGAGAUGCGUUAAAGAAUGCUAUUAAUGUCACUCUUACUGUAUCUGGCCCGCCUCGAGUACCGGUAGGAGAGAUAUUCCAUUGGAACGUUUUCAUAGUCAACCGCUCAGACAAGGCGCGGAAGCUGGCGAUUCUCGUGAUGCCGAAGAGAAGGCGAGAUGUUGAAAAGCGCAAAUCCCAGCUUUCGACGUCGCCAGUAAUCGGUCUUGGAACUGCUAAGAAGGAGCUCCUCACAAGCGCUGUGGUGGACGAGAACGUUGUGUAUGCGCAACAAAAGAGCGCAAGAACGGAGAUGGCAGAGCUGGUGUGCUUGACGACCGAUAUCCGAUUAGGACAACUUUCACCUGGCUCAUGUUACACCGCUGACUUAAAAUUCCUCGCGCUUUCUUCUGGCGUGCUGUCUGUCGAGUCAGUCCGCAUCAUCGAUUUGGCAACGAACGAGACUGCGGACAUUCACAACCUACCAAGUGUUGUGGCAGUAGAGAAGGAAUGA